CGCAGGUUUGGGGGCCGGGCCGGGGCGGGGCGUCAGGCGGGGCCUCCCCGGGACCGGGGCCGCGAAGAUGGCGGCGGCGGCUGUGGUGAUCGCGAACCGCAGCGGGUCCCGCGGAUCGGCCGCCGCGGCCGGGCCCGAGUAAGCCCCGCGGCCGGGCCUCGUUGCGUCCUCCCGGCGCGUCCAUGAACUCCGUGUCGCCCGCCGCCGCGCAGUACCGGAGCGGGAGCCCCGAGGACGCGCGCCGGCCCGAGAGCCGCAGGCCGCGGGGUCCCCGGGGCCCGGACCCCAACCCCAAUCCCAGCCCCAACCCCAACGGCCUGGGGCCCUCUGGAGCCAGCGGCCCGGCUCAGGAAGAGCCGGACGAAGUGGACAAGUUAAAGGCCAAGUUCCUGACGGCCUGGAACAACGUUAAGUACGGCUGGGCUGUCAAAAGCCGGACCAGCUUCAGCAAGAUCUCCAGUGUGCACCUCUGUGGCCGCCGCUAUCGCUUUGAGGGUGAAGGCGACAUUCAGCGUUUCCAGCGGGAUUUUGUGUCUCGCCUAUGGUUCACCUACCGCAGGGACUUCCCACCGCUGGCCCAGGGCCACCUGACGUCGGACUGUGGAUGGGGGUGCAUGUUACGAAGUGGGCAGAUGAUGCUAGCGCAGGGCCUGCUGCUACACCUACUGCCUAGAGACUGGACAUGGUCCGGGGCUGCAGGCCUGAUGCUUUCCGAGCCCUCAGCGCGGGCUUCUCCCCUCCGGAACCGUGCUCGACGAGGGUCCCUGCGCAUGUCCCAGGGUGUCCCCGAGCUGGGGCAGGAGCAGGAGCAAUGCCACCGGCAAAUUGUGUCCUGGUUUGCUGACCAUCCCCAGGCCCCCUUCGGCCUCCACCAGCUGGUGGAGCUCGGCCACAGCUCAGGCAAGAAGGCGGGUGACUGGUACGGGCCCUCGCUAGUGGCACAUAUACUCAGGAAAGCUGUGGAGAGUCACCCCGAAGUUUCCCGCCUGGCGCUGUACGUUUCUCAGGACUGCACAGUGUACAAGGCAGACGUAGCUCGCCUGGUGGGCUGGCCGGCUGAGUGGAAGUCGGUGGUGAUCCUGGUGCCCGUGCGGCUUGGGGGCGAGACCCUCAAUCCUGUCUACGUGCCGUGCGUGAAGGAGCUGCUGCGCUCAGAGCUGUGCCUGGGCAUCAUGGGGGGCAAACCUCGCCAUUCACUGUACUUCAUAGGCUAUCAGGAUGACUUCCUGCUCUACCUGGACCCUCACUACUGCCAGCCUGCUGUGGAUGUCAGCCAGGCCAACUUCCCCCUGGAGUCCUACCACUGCACCACCCCCCGAAAAAUGGCCUUCUCCAAGAUGGACCCUAGCUGUGCCGUGGGAUUCUACGCCGGAGACCGUAAAGAGUUCGAGAGGCUCUGCUCUGAGCUGACCAGGGUCCUCAGCUGCUCCUCCGCCUCGGAGCGGUACCCCAUGUUCACGCUGGCCGAGGGCCACGCUCAGGACCACAGCCUGGACGACCUCGGCUCCCAGCCCAUCCCACGGCCGCCCAGGCCAGGCAGGCUGAAGGCCAAGCGCCCCAGUUCCGAGGACUUUGUGUUUUUAUGAAAUAGGGGGGAGGAGACAAUGGGAAAAAAAUAAGACAGACACUAUUUAUUUUUCUAUUUAUGUCCUGGGGGUGGGAUGACCCACCCCCUCAUCCCCUCGGGCUCACACAGCUGAGACCCUUGGGCAGAGGGCAGCCCACUGGCACCCACCCACUCAGGUUCUGACUAUGUACUGUGUAGAUGGUAAUGGACGCCCCUGGGUUCCCCCAUAUCCUCUCUCUGGCGUUGGGAGGAACUGGGGGGCAAAUAAAGUCCUGCGAAUUGA